AUGAAGAUGAUCUCUUUGAUUCAGAACUAACUUCUGCAAGGCCUAAGAUUCCAAAACAGCAGAGAGAACAGAGCAGGUCCUCCAGCACAGGACAACACAAAAAUGCUGAAGAAAAUAUUCAUGAGAGCACGGAAAGUUACAAAGCAACCACAAGUUACGCCUCCCUCAAGGUAGACUUCAUGGACUGUGAGGAAUCAAAUGAUGAUGAUGAUGAUGAUGAAGACUACAAAGAAGAAUCAGAAAAAGAUACACUUCAGGUUCUUUCCUGUGAGCCAGAUGCCACUUCCACAUCAAAUUCCAAUGGAGUAACAAAUGACGAACAGGAGUCUAACACCGACGUCCCUUGCUGGGAUGCAUUUUUUAAGUGUAACAAACCGGAAGAAAGCUCUGAAAACGAGGAUAACUUCCCAUCUUCAGCAGAUGCUGGUGGGUCCCAGUCACUCUUCAGUGAUUCGGACGGAGUAAGCGACUCGACGCACAUCUCCUCCCAAAAUUCUUCUCAGUCAACGCACAUAUCGGAGCAGGGGAGCCAAGGCUGGGACAGCCAGAUGGACACGGUGCUCAUCACCUCCCAAGAGAGAAAUGCCUUGGACUUGAGCGGCUGCAGCAAAGCUGGGAGCAGAGCAGUUGUCCCUGUGUCACAGGAGCCCACCAAAGAUGUUCAACCUGAGAGCAGUAAGCAGAAACCGCUGGUUCAGAAUCAAUCUCGUGCCCACGAUAUCGCCUGUGACUUGAAAAGUAAAGACUGUGAGAAAGAGGGACAAGCUGGCACUGCUCACGUUCCAGACCUGCUGGUGGAAAGAAGCGACAGCUCCAGGACUCCCGAUCUAGAACUGAGGAGGGACUCCCAGAACUCCUCCGACUUUGAAAUUCCCUUGACUCCUGGUGCUGAAGUGCCUCAGGCAGACAAACUGUACUCUUUGUAUAAGAAGCUAGCAGCAGGUGAAAACAUCAUCAAUGAGAAAAAAGUUUCCUGA